AUGGUCGAUUGUCUUAGUCGUGUGGGAAUGUUUGAUGAAGCACAACAAAUAAUUAAUGAUUAUGAAAAAUCAAAUUUACCUUCUUUAAUUAUGUAUAGAGAUGAUAAACUAGUUCAAGAAAUACGAGAAAAUCGAAUCAAAGAAUUCGGUAACAAAGUUAAAGCUGCAUUCUCAUGGACAGAAGUUAAUGGUCAACUUGUGGGAUUCAAAGCUCAUGAUCGUUCUCAUCAUCAAUCAGAUGAAAUUUAUGCUGAACUUAAUCGUCUAUCAAAUGAACUAAAAGAAUACGGUCAUGAAUAUGAUUCAAGUUGGAUUACUCGUCCACUUGAAUAUGGUGAAACAAUUGAAUCAGUAUUGUGUGGUCAUAGUGAAAAACUUGCUAUCGCAUUUAAUUUUAUUCAACAUCCUCAACCAUCAUUAAUUCAAAUUACAAAAAAUCUUCGUGUCUGUGGAGAUUGUCAUAGUGCCACGAAACUAAUUGCUAAGAUUCGACAAUGUCAAAUAAUAAUACAUGAUGCCAAUCGUAUUCAUCAUUUUCAUACGAAUGGUUUAUGUUCUUGUCAAGAUCAUUUUUAA